GGAGACCAGAGAGAGUCCUUGGAAAUCCUCUAGUCCACAUCCUUCAUUCUGAGGGAGAGGAGGAGAAAUGGGAAGAGAGAAGAGGCGACCCACAGGCAGCCAGGCAGGAGGCAGAGGCUGGGAGCCGCUCACAGGGGGCCGGAGGAGGAUGGGAGCCCACAAGGGCAGGGAGCUGAGCAGAAAGGAGACAGUGGCCCGGAGAGAAGCAGCUGAUGUCACUAGCAGUUGUGAGCGGCCGCCUCUCCCGGGGACAAUGUGGCACUGAGCGGCCCAGCCACCCCCCCAGCGCUGCAGGACAGACCCCAGAGGACCCAGAUCCCAGGACCGUUCAGUCAUUGCUCCCCGCUAUUUUGUCUCCCCUAGAGAAGAGAUGCUAACAGAGCAGGCGGCCAUCAGGCCAGGUGGAUGCACGGUCGGGCCACCUCCUCGGUGGCAGUCUCCCCGGACAGAAUGAGUGGCUCUGACCCAGGGCUGGAGGAGGAACCAGAGCUGAGCAUCACCCUCACGCUGCGCAUGAUCAUGCAUGGAAAGGAGGUGGGCAGCAUCAUUGGAAAGAAAGGGGAGACAGUAAAGAGGAUCCGGGAGCAGAGCAGUGCUCGGAUCACUAUCUCAGAGGGCUCCUGUCCAGAGAGAAUCACCACUAUCACCGGCUCCACGGGUGCUGUCUUCCAUGCUGUGUCCAUGAUUGCCUUCAAACUGGAUGAGGACUUAUGUGCCGGCCCCCCAAAUGGCGGCAGCAUCUCUAAGCCCCCAGUCACCCUUCGGCUGGUCAUUCCAGCAAGUCAGUGUGGUUCCCUCAUUGGGAAAGCAGGGGCCAAGAUUAAGGAAAUCCGAGAGACUACAGGGGCUCAGGUCCAGGUGGCUGGAGACUUGCUCCCCAACUCCACAGAGCGGGCAGUCACCGUUUCUGGAGUCCCAGAUGCCAUCAUCCUCUGCGUUCGCCAGAUCUGCGCAGUGAUUCUAGAGUCCCCUCCCAAAGGAGCUACCAUCCCUUACCACCCCAGCCUCUCCCUGGGCACCGUCCUGCUCUCCGCCAAUCAGGGUUUCUCUGUUCAGGGCCAGUAUGGAACCGUGACUCCAGCAGAGGUCAGCAAGCUCCAGCAGCUGUCCGGCCAUCCUGUCCCCUUUGCUUCACCCAGCGUGGUACCAGGACUGGAUCCCAGUGCUCAGACCAGUUCCCAGGAGUUCCUGGUUCCCAAUGAUCUGAUUGGCUGUGUGAUCGGGCGUCAGGGCAGCAAGAUCAGUGAGAUCCGGCAGAUGUCGGGGGCCCACAUCAAGAUUGGGAAUCAGGCAGAGGGCUCAGGGGAGCGGCAUGUUACCAUUACGGGCUCCCCUGUCUCCAUCGCUCUGGCCCAGUACCUCAUCACUGCCUGUUUAGAGACGGCCAAGUCUACCUCAGGAGGGACCCCAGGCUCGGGUCCUGCAGACCUGUCCGCCCCCUUCUCCCCACCCUUGGCCCCAUCACCGGCCCUGACCGCCCUGCCCGCGGCACCUCCAGGCCUGCUGGGCACCCCCUACGCCAUCUCCCUUUCCAACUUCAUCGGCCUCAAACCGGUGCCCUUCCUGGCCCUGCCCCCAUCCUCGCCAGGGCCGCCUCCCAGCGGCCUCACUGCCUACACUGCCAAGAUGGCAGCCGCCAAUGGCAACAAGAAAUCAGAAAGGCAGAAGUUCUCCCCCUACUAAAGCCAGGGAAGGAGCCGGGAGCCAGGGAGUGACACCGCAGGGCGGGGAGCAGCCCUGACUCCUGCUCCCUGGGAGCCCUGUUCUGUUUCUCCCGCCCCCCACCCCCAUCACAUACACAUCAGGGGCCAAGGCAGACGAUUCCCUAGCAACAUUGACACCCAUACGCAUGGAUUUUAGGGCCCUGUCGGCCUCAGCCAGUGCUGUCCAUCCAGGAUCUCUUAUCUCAGGCCAAGUUGUGGGGGGGAGGUGCUGACCCAAUUCUAGGAAGCCAGCGGGAGAGGGAAGAGAUGGCAGAGACAGUUAUGUAGCCCCAGACCAACUGCCUGGCCAAGGGCACUGAACCCCCUUCCCUUUCCCUGCCCCCUGCUCAUCCCUGACUGGGAUACAGGAAAUCCCAGGGGAGAGAAGAGCCUCUGGGGCCUCCCUCUCUGAGGGGCUGCCUCACAUCCAUGCAGGCUCCCCCUGUUCUCCACCCACAUAGGGCUCCUGCUGCUGGAGCAACAUCCUCUUGACUGGAACAGGCUGGCUGGGUAGGGGCAUAGCGGGGGGGGGAGGUAGGGG